AUGAGCCCCUAUUCCAAUGAAAUUUUACAUCCAUCACCGGAACGUAUUCUUGAGUUACGCGACAUAUACUUGUCAAAGUUUGAGCCAUUGACGCCCUUCGUUGACAAUGAGACGUUCGAUGACUUAGUGCUCGAAGUUUUGCGUGAUGGGCUAAAAGAUUCCGUCUCGUCAUGCUUUGUGCUCUCGAUUUUCGCGUUAGCCGCCAUCUGGGGCAACUAUCCUGAAGAUGAACGACGUUCAACUCCGAAUGCUGCAAACGGCAGCCCUGCUCACACCGUAGCGGUGCCUGAGCAGCGGUUCAAAGAAUCAUCGAUUUACUUUGCCAUGGCUCAAAGCCGGAUGUCUUACGCUUUGCAAGACGACUCCCUACUUGGAGUUUCAUGUUACUGUCUCAUGGGGUGA